CUGCUCAGUCAGUCAGCCCAACUCACGCUACUCGGCAUUGGCUGUUUCAGUAUGCUUCUAGCUUCGGUCUGUUUCGUGUGUGCCUUUUUUGUUCGCUAGGCGGUUGAUGUAAGUUGUUUCGCGAGUGCUCCGUUCACGGUGGUCACCCAUCGCCAUCAUCAUCUGUUCGGGUCCGUUUCGAGUAGAUAAAAAAGCUCAAAUUAGCAUCGUAAAGUGGAUUUAUUCCCUAGUGUAAGGUUGAUUCAAAGAAAACAAAUGUUUUGUGAAUAUUGAUAAGCGUAGGAGGUAUCCGGAUUAUUCAUCAUUCAAAGUUAUUCGAAAGAAGCGGACCUUCCGACAACCAUUCUAGCGGACUGGACUGAUAUCGAAUCGCAUAUCAGUGAAGUACUGGACAUCGAACGCUAGUAGGAUUACGUAACUUUCGCAAAUACUGCUUGAAGCUCCUCAAUGAAAUCAACAUGGAAUUACGAUCGAUAGUAUUAGUGUUCCUGUACAUAACGACAAUAGCUACUUUCACACGAUGCGCUCAGAUUCCUUCCAUAAAACGAUCCGCCACGAUAUUCACCAAAGAACCCACUGUGCGGAUACAAUGUCUGUCGGGUUCGAUGCUGAUCACGAUCAAGGAUGCACCCGCUAACCUCAAUGGUCAGUUUAGCGGGAUGGUGUAUCCGAAGGGAUUGGCGAAAAACUCUACCUGCCUCACCGAGUACCGAGAACAGGAGGGAGCACUUCGGUACAAGUUGCCCCUCAAGAGCUGCAACACGAUGCCCAUCGAAACGGAUGACGGUGGAAUCGAAUUUUUCAACACGAUUGUUCUGCAGCCCCAUUUGAAGCUGGUUACGGAUUUGGGGCGUGGCUAUCAUGUGCGUUGUCGGUACAAGAGUCGUGAGGCAGCCAUGAAACCUUCGAAACCAUACGAUGACAAUCGACCGAUGGCACUAACCAGUGCCGAGGGUGGCGUAGACCGACGCGAUCAUGGUCGAUCGUUGGACAAGGAUCCGGUGGCACAGGAAGAAGACAUCGACGUCAAACCGAUGCCCGGGUGCCACAUGAAGAUCUUUUCCGGUGAAAAACUGGCUGAAAACGUGAAAAUUGGAGAUCCACUUACGCUAAUGAUCAACAUCGACAAGCAGGAUCUGUACGGUCUGCACGUUACCGAUUGUUUGGUACGCGAUGGACUGGGCUGGGGGGAACAGAAACUGGUCAGUGACGAAGGCUGCCCACUGGAUAACGAAAUAUUGGGACCGUUCGAAUACACCGAUGAUCGGACCAAGGCUACGGUCACUUUUCCGGCGCACAAGUUUCCCUACACCACCUCGGUGUACUACCAAUGCAACGUGAGGUUGUGCGCUUUGGAUGAUCCGGACUGUCACAAGCCUCCAAACUGCACUGGCAAUAAAAUGCAACGGUCGAAGAGACAGGCAGACGAUGAAGGACUUCCCGCGACCAUUGAAGUUUUCUCCGGACUGUACGUCAAUGAGAAUGCCGAGGUGAUCAAUGAUGAUGCAGAUUCGGUGUUCAAGGAGAAAACUCCGGAUGACGCUAUCUGUGUGUCCCAGCGAAGCUUUGCCGUUGCCAUAGCCAUUGCCGGUCUCUGUCUAAUGCUGGCCGUUGUCCUGGCGGUGAUGUGCAUCGUUGCCAGGCGAAGUAACAAGACCGUUUCCAACUCGGGCAGCUCGAUCUACAGCGGCCCGUAUACCAACACUGCCUUUUCGCAUAGCAGCUAAACAAACGAAACCUGCGACGGUGUGCGUGAGAAUGCUUGCGUGUUUGCGGUGUGAUAGGAUAUAUCUUUUAGGAGCUGAAAUUUGAGUAAUAGAAAGCGUGACUACUGUGAUUCUUCCUUUUUAAACACUAACAUUCAUUGAUAAUUGGAAUAAGGAAACGAUCACAAAUUUCAUAGGGUAAAUGUGCCAACUAGUGGAAAUAGAUACUUUUUUUUUAAACUAGCACUUUUUAAUUGGUACAUAGCAAACUGCAAGACAUCUACGAGAGUAUUAUGCAUAUUCCAAGUUUGGAGUGAAACUAUAACCAGUGUUUCAGAAACUUAGAUAUUUCAAUUCACCUUCAGAUAUUACUAGACAAUGUAUUAUUUAAUUCCUUCCUUUGAUUGUCUGCUAAUAUCGCAGAGGAUAUGAAGAUGUCACAAAAACCAUCCAAAUCAUGAACUGAAGAAAUCUAAUCCUAAUUGUAUUUCUUCAUUGCAUGUCAUCGGGAUGAUAUUCAGCCUCUGUCUGUUUAAUGUAGCUAUAUUUUACAAUACAUUCUACUUUCGAGCUGAAUCAAUUGUUACUUUUGCACAAGCACUGUCCAAAACUAAGUCAGGUGUUGGGUUUCUUUAAAAUCUAUUCAAGUCUCUUACUCUAUCUCUCUAACCUAAACUGAUUCGAAUGAACUACCUACAUUUUAAACUAGAUUAAGCGACGAAUAAAAUACGAAAUAUAAAAUCGUUUGUAGGUUAGUAACUGUGAUACGAUUGAGCAUUUUUUCGCUUGGAGGGAAAUGUACAAUUAACAAACAUGUAAUCAAUCGCAAAUUGACAAAAUCGUGCUUAUGUAAACUAGCAAUUCUCGUUAGAACAGAAAAAAAUGUUUUCUUGUAUCUCAGUUCAGAGAAAAGAGUAGAAUAAUACAAAACAAUUAGCAGUUUAGUCGUAAAUAUUAAACAACAAUGACGACAAUGACGAUCAGAAACACUUGUACUAAGAAAAUUAGGAUCGCACUGUAAUUGAAUAUAGAAGAUGUGCUUGUAUCUACGAACCAUUACAAAACGAACGAAUUUAAUAAACAUUUGGAAAAAUCAAAA